UUCAUUCUCUUAAGGACUGUGAUUGUAACACGAUCUUUUAUGGUCUAAACGAGAAUGAACGCUUUUUAUGUGAUAGUGUCGAUACCUAUCCUUUUAGUGCUGGCUGGAUUUAAUCAUGCCCAUGGUUUUACUACGUUUGGAAAGACUCCAACGAAUCCUUUAACGCAGGCACCACCACGUCAAGUGCCUGCCAAGUCAUGUGGAAACCACACGGAGUGCUGGUCCAUACCGAAAACUAGCUGUGUUGCUGAGCCAAGGGAUCAUUCACGAAAAAGUUGCCUUUGUGGAGAUAAUAAACCACCCGCAAAUGGACAAUGCUUUGCACUACAUAAAGCACCCUUUCAUCUUUGUGAUAAAGACGAAGACUGCGUAGAUGGUGCAACUUGCGUUCUUAUGCCUGGACUGCCCAUUACAAAAGAUGGCCCAAAGCAUUGUAAAUGUAUAGAAGGGUUUAUAGCGUUGGAUGGGGAAUGCAGCGGUACCGGUCCUGUUACUGCGAGUACAAGUGUAGGCUUACUAUUAUUAAUUCUGAUCAGAACCUUAUUUUGAACGUUAACUCGAUUUGAUGUUACAUAAUAUCCUUUUAUUCAAAUAAACAAUAACAAAAAAUUUCAUGUUAGCCAUAUCCACAUAAUACAGUCUUUUUAGAUCGAUUGUAAUAAGUUAAUUUAUAUUCAUGUUAGCGCAACUACAGUAACUUAAGCACCAGUACCUAAAACGUUAAGUUUAAAUGCAAUCAAUUAAUUGGCUCAUUGUUAAACAGUUAGAUUACAUAUUUGUGUAGGACAACUAUAAGAAAUAAUAAUUAGUAGAGAGCAUACAGUUACAUAAAUGUACAUUUAGCAGAAGCACUGUUGAUGUGAAGGAUUCAUGGACUAUGUACAGCCAAAUGAUGAAGAACUGCUUUUUUAACUGUAUAAGUGUAAGUAAACAACCCAUUUGUUAAUUUUUGUAAAAAAAAAGCGGUGAUCAUAUUUUUAAAACACGCAUUCACAUGGCGUAGGUAAGUAAGCUGUAGAAUGCACAGAUCACUUCCAAUUUUGUAGCACUGUAUGUAACCCUUUUUAGUUUUUCAUUAGCUAAUUUAAGGAUUACUGAAAUAUAGUCGUUUAUCCAUAUUUUAGAAUAGAAAAUUGAUGAUAUUCUUAUGAAACUGUGGUAGGCCAAAGUGUACCUGGAAAAAUAAGAGGCCAACUUAUUAUUAUUAAUUGUACUGAUUUUAAAGUUGUCUCAUAGUUUAUACCUACUGUAAUGUGUAAAAGUAUUAAAGCUCAUUAAGCAAACUUGUUAUUACUACAGCUGGACAUUUUACAUUAUAUGCAAGGGUUAGGGAUCUAUAUUUUCAACUUUUCAUCUAUUACACAAUUACUUUGCAUGACAUUUUAUUUACAAUGUUGGAUAAGCACUAUAUUUCAGUUUAGUACCUUCAGACUUCUCGAUUUCAAAAUGCCAUGUUGUAAUAAUUAUAUGAAGCUAAUGAGGCACUAACUUAGUAUCUAUAAGGUAAUUAAACUACACGAAUUUGGAAAAUAAUAUUGU